CCACAGCAGCGAAGCGAACCUCUGGCAGCGUCUUGCGGUGGCUCAUGACGAUUGGCCACCCGGGUGAGGCGCAGUUGGCAGGAUGAGGAGUGGGCGCGCAACGCCCACAAAGCGGCUCUCAUUGUUACGUCACGCGGUGCUCGUUCAUUGUUACGCCACGCGGCGCGCAGGUGCUCACUCUGCCAUAUAAAAGGAGGGAGCGUCUGGCACAGGGACCAUUCGGCUCUUCGCGGAAUCGACUGCUUUCACGUGAGCGGCGUGGGCAGCAAGGAAGCAAAAAUUGUAAAACUUCCCUUUUGCUACUCCACCGCCGCCACCUCGGACGCCUGCAGUCCCCACGACCGCGACCGUGAAUUGUUGAGCGGUGGCUACACUCGCUCGACAUCAUGGCGUUUCCGACCACGCUGCACAUCAUUGGCGGCCAAGGUGGAAACAAGUUCUCGUUCAACGGGCUGACGAAUGCGGCCACGCUGCAGAAGCUCUCCGUGAGCGUUGGGGGCUGGCAGGUGAGGGGCGUGAAGGUGUGGCUGACGGACGGGCGCAGGGAGACAUUUGGCACCAUGAACUCCUCCGCUCAGGAGUUCGAAUUCGAGUCGGGCGAGUUCAUCAAGAGCCUCUCGCUGUGGGGCAACGGGGCCGGCACUCGCCUGGGCGCCAUCAAGUUCAGAACGAGCCGCAGUCGCGAGUUCUUUGCCAAGAUGACGGACUGGGGGCUCAAGACCGAGUACAAGAUCGACGUGGGCUCUGGCAUCUGCUUGGGCGUUCAGGGCCGAGCGGGGUCCGACAUUGACUCCAUGGGCUUCCUGUUCAUCAAUGCCAUAAAGUCGUCGGUGAUCCAGGACAUGAAGUACCCGACCAUGCACCAGGUCCUGCCCAACGUGCAGAUGGAGGAGAUUAAAGAAAUGGAGUACAAGAACGACACCAGCGUCGUGCAGUCGUACACCUUCGAGAGCUCCAAGAAGAUCACCAAAACGUCAUCGUGGUCCACCACCAACAAGAUCGAGUCCACCUUCAGCCUGUCGGUGAAGGCCGGCAUCCCCGAGGUCAUGGAGGUGGAGACCGGAUUCAGCUUCACCAUGGGCAGUGAGAGCACGCACGCGGUGGAGGAGUCCGAGGAGAAGACGGAAACGCUCACGUUCCCCGUCGCUGUUCCGCCCCACAAGACCGUCACCGUGGUCGCCAACAUCGGUCGCGCCGACAUCGACCUUCCGUACACGGCCAUGCUGCGCAUCAGCUGCGUGAACGGCGCAUCCCUUGACGCUCCCCUGAGCGGCGUCUACAAGGGGCUCGCCUACACCAAGAUGACCGCCGUUGCUACCGAGAGCUAGAGCGGCGUUUCGCAGCGCCCUUUUUAUUUGUUUUGGUGACGUUGAUGAAGUGUUCUAAAGGAACGCUUUUUUUUUGGCUGUGUAAAAUUCACCAAUAAAAAAAGAGGCCUACAUUGAAA